GGAGCAUCUCUCUCGGACCUUACUCUUACAUUUUGCAUCAACCCUGGAUGGUAUUCUACCGGGAACAUUGGGAGCAGAUGAUGUUCACAAACAAUGUAUUGGUGGAAUGUUUCAUCAGUGGGGGUGGAAGCACCGUGCUUCUCACUCCCUCUGUACCCGCCAGGACGCCCACUGGUGACUGUUGAUUCCAAGCCAUGUUUCCCGGUCUUAGACGAGACGUUGGAAUUGAUAUUCUACUUCACGGGCUGCAUUCUGAACCUCAUCAUUAUAAGCCUUAUUUUAAGAAGUGCAAAACGUUCGAAACCCAGCGGUGGAGAGAGUGUACCUCGAUUGUUAGUCUUGGUGCUUUGUGUGACCGAGUUAAUAUUUCUCGUCCUAGGGGAGACAUCGUGGGUAGUGAGCUUCAUAGCCGGGAAGUGGACUGGGGACAUCCCAGUUUACCUGUUCGCAGCCUCGGCAGUGGUUGCCUGCAGUAGGCUGUCAAAAUGCAUCGUCGUGGUGAUGGGGAUCGAACGCUAUCUGAGCAUCAAGAAACCAUUCUUCUAUGAUAACUCGGUCACGCCCCGCCGUAUUGGAGUCGUAAUCCUCGGCAUCAUUUUCUACUCCGUCUCUCUCUCGGGUUUCUUCAUUGCCGGUGUGACCACGCGGACUUGGGAAGCUUGCCCCGCGAGUGCGUCAAAAGACCAUUGUUUAAAAUUAAUUGAUUCCAACUCUAACCUUUAUGACAAUCAAACCAAGUACCUCUACCUUAACUCUGCCGUGGAAAACGCUUACGAAUAUUUCACUUUACUUGAGGGUGUUGUGAUGACCGUGGUUCUUAUAUCAUGCAAUGUGGUGGUCAUUCGAUGUAUGCAAAGAUUGAAAGCCCACUUGGAACUUGCAUGUCCGAGGAACAGAGAAGAGUAUAUGAAACAAGUGGAUAUGAUUCGGGGCGCACCGGCGGAUUUCUCUCGUCUGAUGGUGGCGAUUGCAGUGGUCUUUGUGGUAUGCAUAUUACCAUACGAGAUCCGUUGGUUCUCGAAUCAGCUCGACGUAUGGCACUCCGAAACCCUAGACUACAUCGCCGUUCGUCUCUACCUCGGCACGUGCGUUAUCAACCCGCUAAUGUACGGAAUAUUCCGCAGGAACGUUCGCCGUAAGAUCAUGGCGAACACACGGAAACUGCUUCGUAAAUGCUGCUGUUGUUGUAAGGCUUCAAAUAAAGUGCGCCCUCAGAGGACAGAGGCGGAAAGAUGGCGGACUCCAUCGACCAUUUCCGGAUCGUUGGCGGACUCUCGUGCUACGUGAUUCGAAUGGAGCGUCCUUAUUGGACACUUUUUAUGUGUGUGGACCGCCGCCUUGGAUAAUUUGGAUGCAAUGUUGGUGUCCGAGUUUUUUUUAUACAAAACGCAAGGCCUAAGUUGCACAAAAACCUAUUCUAAAAAUGUCAGCAGAA